GCCACACACCAUGAGCAAGGCAAAGGGCAAGGGCAAGGCGCCCGACCCCGCGCUCGCACGGCCAAAGGUCAAGGGGCCGCCGCCAGCAGCGGACACGGGGCCGACAGCGAGCGAGACCAAGGUGCGCGCCAUUCCGCCCUCAAGCGACCCAUACGCCUACCGCGUGAAGAACGGCGACGUCAAGUCGUACGCGCAGUUUGCGGUCGACUUUCUCAAGCACCACCCCGGCCGACCGCUCACGAUCCACACCCCGCUCGACACCCCCACCAGCGUGCAGCUCGCGCCGCGCCUCAUCACCGUCGUCGAGAUGGCCAAGCGCGCGCUCGCGAUCCUCGUGCUCACCCGCAAGGCGACAGCACACUCGAUAUACCAGUACAACGAGACGGGUCUGCUCGAGUCCGAGGCGGAAGUGCUUGACCUUGCGCGGGUGCUGUCCGGCAAGACGAGGCCAAAGAUGACGCACCGCCCCUUCCUCCGCAUCACGCUCAACACGCAGCCGCUGGACCCCGUGCCCCCGAACGCAACGGUACAGAUCACGCCGCUGCGCCGGCCGUUUGCGCGCAAGCCCAAGGCCGAGCGCCGCGCCCUCGCGCGCGCGAUCAAGGCCGCUGCCGCCGCCGACGCCGAGAGUGCCGAGGUGUCGGAGCCGCCUGCUCCUGCUGCGGCCGCCGCCGAGGUGCCAGCCGCAGCACCCGCACCUGUUCGCGAGGCGCCGCCACACGUCGGCGUCACGCCUCAAGAGCCGAAGAAGAAGCGCAAGUCCAAUGCCAACGACGCUGGCGGUAGCAAGCGCCGUAGGCAGUAG